AUAUGAGUUCAGUCUUCACAUUUCAGUAGCAAGAGGACGCCUUAAUGGUGGCUCUUGCUCUUAUUUGUAGUGAUCAAAUUCCACGCAAAACUCCACAAAAGCCACCUUCUUUGAUUCAUCAAAUCAACACCCAAUAUUCAAAAAACCAUCUUUUUUUAUCCCCUCCUCCUUCUUCUUCUUCUUCUCUUUUUCUUAUAUAAACCAACCUUCCUUUUGAUCACUCUUCUUGAUCCAGAAGAACACUGGUGAAGAUGGAUAUUAAUGAGUGGGUGCUCCUUUCUGAUGAUGGCUUCCUUGAUAAAAAUGAAGAUGGUGAUGAUGAGAAUCAGAUUCUCUUGGGGAAAAGAAACUCAGAUUCAAAAAGUGUUUUUGACAAUUACUUCUGCACCUCACCAAAAUCCAGGAAAACCAUUGAACCACCAAGGAAUCAUCCAAGUGUGGUUCCAAAACAACUAGUCCAUGUUCCAAUUCAAUUGGAACCCAGAAUUGGGAAGGUCCCAGAUGAUGGAUUAGUGGAAGAAAACACUAAAGAUGAUGUUGGAGUCACUCUGAUCCCAUCACCACCCACCAUAGAGAAAACCAAAGCCUCCCAGGUAGGAGGAACUGUUGUGGAAGCUGAUGAAGACACUGUUUCCCAGGUUUUCUUCAAGAUCAAGGAAAAUGAAUUUGUCGACAUGAAAAUGGACUCCCCAAAGUCCUGUGGUAGAGGAUUGUUUCCUCCACUUGAUGCUAGUGGUGCCUUGAAAUUUGAGGACAAAGAUGAGGCCAUGGAGAUCAUGGCAUCUCCAAGAAUGAAGAUUGAGAAAGAAAUGGUUAUCAUGAAUUGUGAUAAAGAAGAGGAAGAUGAAGAGGAUACUACUGAUGGUUUCAACUUAUGGAAGUGGAGCUUGACUGGGGUUGGAGCUAUCUGUUCUUUUGGUGUUGCUGCUGCCACAAUCUGUGUCUUGUUCUUUGGAAGCCAGCAAAGAAACAAACCCCACCAGGACCAGAAGAUUCGGUUCCAGAUCUAUGCUGAUGACAAGAGGAUUAAGGAAAUGGUACAGCAUGCAACCAAAUUGAAUGAAGCAAUUUCUGCAGUAAGGGGUGUUCCUUUGAGCAGAGCUCACAUAACCUAUGGUGGUUACUAUGAUGGUCUCUGAGGCACUGAUUAAGCGCCUUCAUGGAACUUUUGGAUUCUAUAAUGGGUCAACAAUAUGUCAAAAUCUUCUAUUCUGGCUUUUAUCAUAUAGUUUUUGUGAAUAGAAUAAUGAGGAAUGGUGUCUUGUAAAUAAAGUCGCAGAUUAGGGGCUGUUUUAAUAUUAUUAUUUUAUACAUUUGCAUUUGAAGGAUGAAAAGGUUAGUUUGAUAGUUUCGCCAAGUUAUGGAGCAAUGAAAGGUUUUGGAAAAGAAUGAGCGGUGGUAAUGGCAAUGGGUAUUGAAACUUGAAAAUGUUAGGCAUGUUCCACCAAAAGCUGAGAUAAGGAGCUAUAAUUACAUAUUGUGUGCCAGCAAUUAUCUUUAUGUAUGGGAUAAAGUCA